ACCGCCUACGUCUGCCAGUAUUCUCCCGGCUGCCCCCCUCCCCUCUAUCCAAAUCCCAAACAAACGAACAUGGCGGAUUUUGAAGAGCGGCGGAGUCUUUUGGGAGAUGAAGAUGAGGGGUCGUUACCCAGCAGACAGGCGGCCAAGGGACCGGGCAGACCACUGCCGGCCAUCUGCGACCCCAGCCACCUACUGCACCGAAUCGUUGUCCUGAUAUUCAUGUGCUUCCUGGGAUUCGGAAGUUACUUCUGUUAUGACAACCCAGCUGCACUUCAGACUGAAGUCAUCCAGGAUAUGAACCUAAACACUGCAAAGUUCAUGCAACUAUAUGCCUGGUACUCCUGGCCCAAUGUGGUUCUCUGCUUCUUUGGGGGAUUCCUCCUCGACAGGGUGUUUGGUAUCAGGCUGGGAACCAUCAUCUUUUCCCUGUUUGUCUGUGUUGGACAGGUCAUAUUUGCUACUGGAGCUUUAGUAAAUCGUUUCUGGCUGAUGGAAGUUGGACGUUUUGUGUUCGGAAUUGGAGGAGAGUCCUUGGCUGUGGCCCAGAACACCUAUGCAGUCAACUGGUUUAAAGGAAAGGAGCUCAAUUUGGUGUUUGGCCUUCAGUUGAGCAUGGCUCGCCUGGGCAGCACAGUGAACAUGAACAUCAUGGGCUGGGUGUACAGCAAAGUUGUCAACCUCGUGGGCUCUCCUGGACACACCGCACUAGGCGCCUCACUGAUGAUAGCUGCGGUUACCUGCAUAUUCUCACUGACCUGUGCCUUGGUGUUGGCAUUCCUUGACAAAAGAGCAGAGAAAAUCCUUCACAAGGAGCAGGGCAAAACAGGUGAGGUGAUCAAGCUGACAGACGUGAAAGACUUCCCCCUCCCCCUGUGGAUCAUCUUCAUCAUAUGUGUGUGCUACUACGUGGCCAUCUUCCCUUUUAUUGGAUUGGGACAGGUGUUCUUCAUUGAAAAAUUCAACUUUUCCCCAGCUGAAGCCAGAGCUGUCAACAGUAUCGUGUACAUCAUCUCAGCCCCUGCAUCUCCAAUUUUGGGCUUCCUAGUUGACAAGACAGGGAAGAAUGUGAUUUGGGUCAUAUGUGCGGUGGUCACCACACUUGCCUCUCACAUGAUGCUGGCCUUCACCUUUUGGAACCCAUGGAUCGGCAUGUCACUCCUGGGUGUCUCCUACUCCUUACUGGCCUGUGCACUGUGGCCCAUGGUGGCCUUUGUGGUGCCUGAGCAUCAACUUGGGACUGCUUAUGGCUUCAUGCAGUCAAUCCAGAACCUGGGACUUGCUCUCAUUGCCAUGGCAGCAGGAUCCAUACUAGACACCAGAGGAUAUCUGUUUUUGGAAGUGUUUUUCUGCGCCUGCAUCUGCAUUGCACUGAUGGCGGUGGUGAUGCUCUACUUUGUGGAUUAUCUCAGAGGAGGAGAUUUGAACCGGUCAGCCUCAGACAGAGCCAAACUCCACAAAGAAGGCACUUCAGACGCAGAAUGAUGAUGAUGAUGAUGAUGAGGGAACACACAUGGUCCUGGGCUUCAGAGCCAGCAGGCUGCAUUGUCUACCCCAGAGCUGUCAAUCAUCUGCCAUGGGGCAGUACUGCACUACUGACUCCGCCCAGUGCUGUCAUCUGUGGCUCUUCCCAGCAGAACUGACUGUCUGGCCCUGGCCAUUAUAUAACCAACCGUGUAUUAAUAGCUGAUUACAUCCCAAUCGACACUGACAAAUGACAAUUCUCAGUUUGGACUCCACAGUUACUGACAUCUACUCCAUUAUUUACUCUCUACUGACACCUGUGUGCGUCAAACUUCAGCAAGUUUCUUCAGUUUCAGAAGAAGGUUCAGAUGCUUGAAGAGUGUUUUUAAAACAUUUUAAAUGUCUUAACUGUUGAGCAGAAGAUUAUUUAUAUCCUGUGGAAAGGUGCCUAUAUCCCUGAUAAAUAGUAUAUGAUUUGAUUACAUGCAAAUGCAACUCUAAAUAUAGGAUUCCUAUUUUAAUUCAGUUGUUUUAUAUGUAUAUAGAGGUACCUCUCUGGGUAUUUUUAAAAUGUUUUUUAUAUGUUUCUCUUUAUGUAAAUUGUUAUGAGCUGGAGUCUGUUACUUGCCUUACUGCAGAUCAUCCAGCAGAACAUCUAUGUACAAAUCAUUUGUUAGUAUUCACAAUAAUUGCCAACCAAAAUCUCCCUUCCUGGUCUCUCCUUUUAUAUUCAGUUUUAAUCACAAGCUAUUGACAUUUUAUGGUGGAUAAUCUCAAAAAGAGCAUAGCUCUUUAAUGUUUAAAUCCUUAUUGCUCAUUUCUUUCAUUUUUUAAUUCCUUUAUCUGCUCUUCGCUGGUUUUGGAGGUUCGUAAAAUGUAUUUUUUGUCACAUCAUCAAAUGCUACAUUACUAUAAUGAUAAGAUACAAAAAUAAAAAAGGCACACUUUUGAUUGCA